GCUACACAGAGGCAACAUAGUGCGUGUGAAUGAUCUGUAGAUUGUGCCAACUGCUUGUGCACAACUCCACAAAGUGCUGGAUCCGCAGGCGCAGCUGUCAGACGUGGGGUUUACAGUAUUGGGGACAAUCUGAUAAACUUACUUGGGACUUUUCGAGUUUGCAGCACUGAAUGAAUCUGCAGCCUAAAUGCGAGUGAUUGACAGAGGAUGACGUUUCGGCUGUGAUUUACCGAGGAGGAUACAGCUGCCCCAGCACAGGACUAAGCAGCCUCUGCAGUGAUUGCGUCCCCAGUCCCAGGCAUGGAGAGCAGCUACUGGCUGUGCCUCUCUGUACUGGCUGCCUGCUGGCUACACGGGGCGAGAGGUGCUGCUGCCAAGGAGCUAACGUGCCAGGAAAUCACCGUGCCCCUCUGCAAGGGCAUCGGCUACAACCACACCUAUAUGCCCAACCAGUUCAACCACGACACGCAGGACGAGGCUGGCUUAGAGGUGCACCAGUUCUGGCCACUGGUGGAGAUCCACUGCUCCCCGGACCUGAAGUUCUUCUUGUGCAGCAUGUACACCCCGAUCUGCCUGGAGGACUACAAGAAGCCGCUGCCCCCAUGCAGGGCGGUGUGCGAGAGCGCCAGGGCUGGCUGUGCCCCGCUCAUGAGACAGUAUGGCUUUGCCUGGCCGGACAGGAUGCGCUGUGACCGGCUCCCUGAGAGGCAGACCCCGGAGACUCUGUGUAUGGACUAUAAUAGGACCACCAUGACCACUGUUGCUCCCAGCCUCCCAGAACCCCCCAAACACCCCUCUAAGGCAGCCACCAACACACACAAGGCAAAGUCACGUGUAGAUACGGCGCGGAACAAACCCAGAGCCCCUAGUGGGUGUGAGGCUGGGUGCCAGUGCAGGGCCCCCAUGGUGCAAGUGACUAACGAGAGGCACCCACUUUAUAACAGGGUGAAAACUGGACAGAUUCCCAACUGUGCCAUGCCCUGCCACAACCCCUACUUCAGCCAGGAGGAGAGAACAUUUACUACAUUCUGGGUCGGACUUUGGUCAGUGCUUUGUUUUGCCUCCACAUUUGCCACAGUGUCCACCUUCCUCAUAGACAUGGAGCGCUUCAAGUAUCCAGAGAGGCCCAUCAUCUUCCUCUCUGCUUGCUACCUCUUUGUUUCUGCUGGCUACCUGGUGAGACUCAUAGCUGGCCACGAGAAGGUGGCUUGUAGUAGAGAGCAUGACCUGGAGCACAUCCAUUAUGAGACUACAGGGCCAGCACUAUGCACUUUGGUCUUCCUACUAAUCUACUUUUUUGGCAUGGCCAGCUCCAUCUGGUGGGUCAUCCUGUCUCUCACCUGGUUCCUUGCAGCUGGCAUGAAAUGGGGCAACGAGGCAAUUGCUGGUUACUCACAGUACUUCCACCUGGCUGCAUGGUUGGUGCCAAGUAUCAAGUCAAUAGCUGUGCUGGCUCUGAGUUCUGUGGAUGGUGACCCAGUGGCUGGCAUAUGUUAUGUGGGCAACCAGAAUCUGGAUAAUUUGAGGGGCUUUGUUUUGGCUCCUUUGGUCAUCUACCUCUUCAUUGGCAGCAUGUUCCUUCUUGCUGGCUUUGUAUCGCUUUUCAGGAUCAGAAGUGUCAUCAAGCAAGGGGGCACCAAGACUGACAAACUGGAAAAGUUAAUGAUCCGCAUUGGGAUAUUCAGUGUGCUGUAUACUGUGCCAGCUACCAUUGUGGUGGCAUGUUUCUUCUAUGAACAACACAACAGACAGGGAUGGGAGGCAGCACAUAACUGUAACUCUUGCAUGCCAGAAGCUGCUCAGCCCCACAGACCGGACUAUGCAGUCUUUAUGCUUAAGUACUUUAUGUGCCUGGUCGUUGGCAUCACUUCUGGGGUAUGGAUAUGGUCUAGCAAGACAUUGGAGUCCUGGAGAGCUUUCUGCACCCGUUGCUGUUGGGGCAGCAAAGCCACAGGGGGUUCCAUGUAUAGUGACGUUAGCACAGGCUUAACUUGGAGAUCUGGCACUGCCAGCUCAGUGUCUUACCCCAAACAGAUGCCCUUAUCUCAGGUCUAGAGACACUAGGUGGGGGAGGGACUGUCUAACAGCUACCAACCUCACCCAACCGCCCCUUCUUUUUAGUUUCUUGCUAUUAGCAUGAUAAUCAACUCUUAAUGGUAUCCAUUAGCAGGGACUUGAAUGACUGGUCUGAACAAUGUACCUGAUAUUGAAGACUCCCUGAUUUCUCUCCAUUUAUAUGCAAGGAGCAUUUAAGAACUUGGUAAUUUAGCUGGCUAAGGGCUGGCAACUGUCCCCUGCAAAAUAAGCAAUAACUCUAUUGCCUGCUGCUGCCAAGUGGACAAGUCUGGAUUUAUUUUUAUUUGUGUUUUUAUUUUAUUUUUAUGUCCUAAAACAUUUCUUUCCUAAAACCAAACUAUAUGGUUUUCAAUCCUAGUGCCAGGUGUUUCUAAAAUACCAUGUGCCUAUCUGGCAUAGUGGGGGGAAAAACUGUAGCCUUAAAACAUGUCUUAAUUAAAAUACCCCAAUACAAUACGGGUUGUUAAUGCUAAAGUGUAUUUAUAUAAUUAUUUGCUGUUGCUUGUAAAAUUUGUAUAAUAUGUACAUAUACAAAAAUUCUAAUGUCUUGUACAUUUUGUAAAAAAAACUUAGAGGCUCCUCAAUAUGAGCAAACACAGUAUUUGAAUAUUCUAUUUUGUCAAUAAAAUGACUUUUUUGAUAAAUUAUA